AUGAACGCCGCCCCCCCGGCAGGAAGCGCCCUGGCACCUGGCGGGGCCACUGGCCCCACCACACCCAAGAAGGGCCCACCCAAAUUCAAGCAGAGGCAGACUCGCACAUUCAAGAGCAAGGCCCCCAAACCAGGCCAAAAAGGGUUUGGUGAUGACAUUCCCGGCAUGGAGGGUCUUGGCACAGACAUCACGGUCGUGUGCCCAUGGGAAGCCUUUGGCGACAUGGAGCUCAGCGACCUGGCCAAAUACGGCAUCAUUUAA